AUGAACACCGUCAAAUCGUUCUGGCUUGGAUGGGGCUCUCUCUGUGUUGCCGGCGGAACGGCCUACUACUUCGCCAAGCAGAGCAUCAACGCCGACCGCGCAGCCCGCUUUGAAGAGCAGCGCAAGCGUAAGCAGAUGGCCCAGUCCAUGGAAUACGGCGACAACGUCCCCAGCCAGCCCGGUUCCGCAUCCACUAUGGGCGGAGAGCCGCGCACCGAUGCCGCCGGCUCGCCGAGCCAGGAGUCCAGCUCCGAUCCCGCCCCGACCCGCCAUGCCCCGACCACGGAACAACAAAGAAUAUUGGAGAAGAGCAAAUACGAGAGUAGUACGCCGUUCAAGAGUCCAAAGGGAGAUCGCUUUUCCUUCAACUUCAACAUCCCCAACACCACCACUCACCCCCUCACAACAACACGUUCGCUGCUCACCUACCUGCGCGCCGGCAGGCAUGCGAAUCAAAGCGCAAUGGCAACACCCGAGCUGGCAAUAGCAAAGGCCUCCUUCAGCGCCCUUCUCUUCCGCAAAGAGCCCGUCUCCCUCACGAGGCCGGAGAUCGAGACGUUCCACACCCUACUUCACGAUGCGAUACACCAGUGCUCGCCCGCCCACGUUCAGAAAUGCAAGCGAUGGAUCCUGAAGAAUCUGGCGCCCUCGCCGGCGCGCGUCGCCGCUCUUGGCAAAUACCUGGCCGCCCUCUCCAAAUCCUUCCCAGGCGAUGAUGCUACCGCCGCCGCCGCCGCCGCCGCUGGUGCUGCGAAGAACAAGACGAAGCCCUCCUCCAGGCGCAAGCGUCUGCACAUUCUCUACAUCCUCAACGACGUUCUCUACCACGCCGUCGUGCGGGACAGAGACACACGCCUCGCGACGGACCUCCAGCCCAGCCUCCCGCCGCUCUUUCACGCUGCCGCCAGCUUCCGUAACUGCCCGAAACACAUGCGCAAGCUGGACGAUCUCCUGUCGCUCUGGGACCAGCAAAAGUACUUCUCGACGCACACGAUCGCAGACUUGAGGGAGACGGUGAAGGAAGCCCCCCAUGGCGGUAAAGUCACCAAGGCUGCCGAGAGCGAGAGCGCGAACGACCAGACAGGGUCGAACCUCGCUGUCAAACCUGCAAAGGACGCGCCCUACAUGAUUCCCUCGAUGCACGGAGACCCUAACACGCCUUGGUUCGACCUUCCAGCUGCUAACUGGCUCCCGCACCUUGAGCCAAACUCUACGAAGCCCAUGAACCCCAGCAUGAUCAAGCCGCUCCGGCUCGCGCCAGGCCCCGCGGACAAGGCUCUCGCCAAGGCCGUCAAGGACCUUCUCGCGGACGUCGAGAGACUAUACUCCAAGUCGGCGGCUACCCAGCAACCAGACCAGCAGUCCACAGACCUGAGCGAGAUGGGCGAGCGCGUCAUCCUCGACGAGAUCACGGGCGAGGUCAUUGGGGGAGAGACAUACUACGGCUGGUCGCGCAACUUCUGCGAGAAGAUGAAGCGGCGCAAGGGAAAGCCAGGAGGCGACAGACGCAGCCGUGGCCGAUCCAGCUCGCGAAGCCGCUCCCGCAGCUUUUCUCCUGGCCGGUCGAGUAGAAGCGACUCGCCCCCCGCGUUCAAGAGGCGCAGGCUCUCGCCGGAUUCUAGAAGCCGGAGCCCCAGCCGCAGCCGAAGCCCCAGCCGCGAUCGGCGCCAGAGCCCUCCACGCAAGGGCCGUUACGACUCCAGAGACUACAGCCGAUCAAGGUCAAGGUCACGUUCCCGGUCGCGGAGCCCCUACAGAUCACGAUCCCGAUCUCGUGAGCGAGUAGGUGGGAGAAGAGGCCGCGGCGACUCGAGCAGGUCACCACUUCCAGCCCACGGCCGCGGCCGGUACAACGACGAGUCUGGCCAGGGCUACAACCAGCCGCAGCCGCCGCCGCCUCCUCCCCCUAAUCACCACAGUCCUCCCGCCUUCCAACCGUACCCCCCACCUCCUCCAAACGCGGCCGGGGGGUUCGGACACUUCCCACCACCCCCUCCGCCGCCUCAAGGCUUCCAAGGAGCAUGGCCACCUCCUCCUCCACCUACUCAUCCUCCCACUGUAGGCUAUAUGAGCGGGCCUCCGCAGAAUUGGGGUGCUCCGCCACCUGGUGCCGGUCUACCGCCGCCUCCACCACACAUGGGCGGAUGGGUGGCACCCGCUCCUCCGCCGCCGCCGCCGCAACAACACAACCUAUACCAGCAACAGCCGCAGUAUGGACGCGGCGGUGGUGGGUACAGAGGUCGCGGCAGGGGAGGCUAUAACAGAGGCAGAGGAGGCGGGUGGUAA